AAGUAAAGUGUUGUCCAACCGUCUGUAUUGUCGUAUUGUUCUGUGGUACUGUGGUAGUGAACCUAAUCAUAGUUACCACUCAUUAUUUAACUAUCACGAAGUUCAUGGAUUUAUUACACUUAUCAAUUUUUGGGAAUUGAGAUUUCGAGUUUCACUUUUUACUAUUUAGUAUUUACUUUUUAGUAUUUUAAACAGAAUUGAGAGAUCCGGAGAUCUUUUUGAUUGCGAAGUUUCGAAUUUUUAUUUUGCGAAUGUAUUUUGUCUUGUAACUUAAAAUUGUGUAAAUAUUAAACUCUAAAAACUAAAAACGUACAUUUCUGUGAUUACUUAUUUUUAACUAUAUAUUUUUAUCAUUCUUAGCCAACCUAGAUAUUGAAUAUUUCAUUUUUGUUUAAAUAAUAGUACCUAUAUAGGUUUCAUCUUUUAAAUAUGACAUCGAUAUUGCGUCAGAUGUUAAACAUCAAUAAAACAACAAGAAUUAGCUCAUCCAACUCUUAUAAACAAUUCCUAUGUACUAAAUCUGAUGAUCCAAUCCAAUCUCAUAUAGGAAAAUUAGUGAAGGGUAACAAAAUCGUCGUCUUCAUGAAAGGUGAUCCACAAGCUCCCAGAUGUGGCUUUAGUAAUGCAGUUGUUGACAUUUUAAAUAUUCACAAAGCUAAAUUUGAAGCUCAUGAUGUACUUAUUGAUGAAAAACUUAGAAAUGGAAUAAAAGAAUUCUCCAAUUGGCCAACAAUUCCCCAAGUUUUUGUAGAUGGAGAAUUCAUUGGUGGUUGUGAUAUUUUAUUGCAAUUGCAUAGGUCAGGUGAACUAGAUAAAAUACUAGAAAAGAACACUCAAGAAAAGCCUGUAGCAUAAAGUGUUAUUAAGUAACUUAAGAAUAAUUUAGUUGAAUAUUUAUUGAAUAAACAAUAAAAAUGUAUUUUUAUAAAU